AUGGAAGAGGUAGAACAAGAGACGAGGCAGGAGGUGAAGGAGGUAGUAAUAAUAGUAGCAGUAGGAGAAGAAAGGGUUGAAGAAGUUGAAGAGGUCAAGACCGAGACGACCAUGAAAGGACACCUUUGCUGGCUGGAUGUGCUAGUCAAUGUGGUGGCUUUCAUUUCAGCGGCCACUACUUUAGUGCUUACUAUAUGGGGUUCCUGCCAAAUUCCCAAAGCCAAACGCUUAUCGGAGUCUUAUUCUGUUUUAGUGUUCAUUGUAGUUCUUAUGGGUGUUGUGUCUCUAUACUUUGCUGGAAUGUGGCUCCACCACUUGAUUCAAAUCACUUCCACGGAGAAGCGAGGAGAUUUUAAAGUGCAAGAGGAUAAAAAGCAUAGGGCAAAGUUUCAAUCUUUAGGAAAUUCUGAGAAGAAGCUCCAAUUCUUUUCAGCUCGUCAAAUAGCAUGCCGCUUACUCGGUAGUAGAGGAUAUCUCUGUCAGAAGUGCUGGCUUCCCAUGGAAGAUUGCAUGUGUUCAAGACUUCUGCCUUUUCCUCUUUGGCAUCGGAUACGUUUUUGGUUGUAUAUGCAUCCAAAGGAUUUUUUACGACAGAACAACACGGGAAAGUUGUUAUGUCAAGUGUUUGGCACCCAUGCUGCAACUUUGUGUCUCUUUGGCAUUUCUGAACUUGAAGAAAUCAUGUGGAGUGCAUUGAACUUUUCAGGGAGAAGAAAUGUUUGGUGUCUCUACCCUAAUAAGAAUGCUAUGCCGAUGUCUGUUCAGGACACAUUCAUUCAAAAUUCCUCCAGGGAUCAUCAGUCUGAACAGAAUUCGGUACUUGGAGAUGAAAGAAUUAAUUUUAUUUUGAUUGAUGGUACAUGGAGCAAUUCCCAAGCAAUGUUCAAGCGUUUAAAGGAUAAAGCACAGGUAGUUUGGGGAGAAGACCUUCCUUGCAUCUCUCUGAAUGCAGGGGUAUCUCUAAUGCACAAACUUAGACCACAACCCUCAUGGGACCGUACCUGCACAGCAGCAGCAGCAGUUGGUCUCCUUUAUGAGCUUCAUCUUGUUCCUGAGUUCAGCUCUCAUGGACUGGAUAGUCAGGCUGAAGCUAUCGAAGAUGCUUUAGAGAUUCUGUUUGAAUCACUUACAGCUCGAAGACUUCGUAUGGGGAGGUCCAUCAGCCGAAAGGAGAGACAUUACAGCAACCUCUGCUAGAAACAAGCAUUUCUUCUACAAUUUUGGCGGAGACUUUUUCCCUUCAAUUGAGGCAGCGCCUGCAUACUAACUGAUUAGGUUAUAAGAGGUGAGAUCCUUGCUAAUUUCUAGUAUUACAGAAAGGAAAUACAAAGUGACUGAGAUCAAAGAACUUCGGUGGCCGGGCAGUGAUUUUAUCAGACUAUACAGAUUCAGAUUUUUUUGCACAAUGUUUUGAUGCUGAAAUUUCAGACACGUUUUUGGACAUAUGCCAGAUGGUUGUGAUGCAAUGCUAAGUACUUGGACGCAAAGCGGAUGAUCGAAAAAAUAUGGUAUUCGCUUUUCCCACAUUUUGAACUUGAAAGCAAGCUAUUUAUUAUGCUUUGGAUUUGUUAAAAGGAACCAUUUUGCUUGUAUGUAUAAUGUAUUUCAAUUCUGAACUCACUGAUGUAUGUUUACGUGAUUAUAUCUCAAGAAUUUAGUUUCUUGAACUAGUCCUAUAUUUGGCUGUCCUGCUACUCUUAGUCUUACGGAUUAAAAGACUGAUAGAAAGAAUUAAUGUA